AUGAGCGCGAUGGCUGAGGGCAGUGAGGAUUGGUCGCGCGAGGACGAGCUUGACCUGGGCCAGGGAGAAGAUUCCCGACGACCCGACCAUGGCGCCCUCGACCAAACAUUGUCUUCCCCGCAGAAACCAGUCAAAGAGGAAUUGGACACGAUAGACAAUGCGGAGGAUCAUGAUUCGGAGAAAACAGUGGAGCCAAAGGAUUUCCAUCUUCCAGAAACUCCUCGGCCGCGGCAUGCGGACUGGACUGUGACAGAAAGCGUGGAUGGAACAGGCUCGAAUCCCGAUGAUUCCCCAUCGCUACAUGGAUCUAUUCCAUCUUCCAUGAGCAGCAGUGCUCUCGCUCUCCGAGGAUCUCCGCGAGCCAGCCCGAGCCCGGCACGUCGCCCCUUUGACCUUCGCUUUCAAUCCCGAUUAUCUUCAUCGCCACAAAGUAUAUAUAGAGCUGGCUCACCCUUCCUAGCCCAUCUUCAUUCCCGGCAGUCUUCGAUUACCAGUCAAGCUUCGCCGACUCCUGAAACGGAACCCGAACCGAUCCAAGGCCCUUGGGAUGUGGUACGAUGGACAAAGUUGCGGAAGAUCACUGGACAGGCAUUUUCGGAAAUCGGGAAGCGCAAUUUCGGACGACCGACUUGCCUUGCAGUCUCCACGUCUAUUGUGAUAGGUACAUCCAAGGGCAUCGUUCUUGUGUUCGACUAUCAGCAAAGCCUGAAGGCCAUCAUAGGAACUGGUACACCAGCCGUUGAAUGUGGUGCUGUUACCUCUCUAGCUCUGUGCGCCGACCAUUCUACCGUUGCAGGCGGUCAUGAGUCGGGUGAUAUCUUUACCUGGGAAAUUUCGCGUUCGGCCAAACCCUUUCUUCAUGUUCCGCCCAUUCCGGCUGCUCAAGUCGACACUCGAACAUCCGAUGGCCAUCUUUCGGGAUCUGCUGUCAUCCAUAUCGGGUUUCUUGGCACCAGACGAACCGCGCUGGUCUCGGCUGACACGCGGGGUAUGUCGUUCUCACACCUGGCUACGAGAGGCAUGGGCGCAAUGGGGCGAACGGUCAAGACGACCCGGAUCUUGGGUCGAUAUCCUCAGCCAAAGGCUGAGAUGAAGCCUCGGAAGCCCAGCUCCGUCCUUGCCUUCUCCCCUCUGCCGCUUGGCAAUGUAGAGCAAUCUACUGAUUCUCUGGGUCUCGUUGCUAUGCUGACACCAUAUCUCCUGGUCAUCGUGUCCACGACGCCAGUGGCGCAAACCCAACAUAAAUCACCGCGACCAAAAGAAGUUCCCGCUCACAGUGCCAUGACCGGCGCGUUAGCAUGGUUUCCAGCCAUUCGACUGAAGGGCAAAGAUACUCAAACUUCAAAUACAAAGCUUGUAUACUGUUGGUCCAAUGUUUUGACCGUGCUUGAAGUCACAGAGGCUGAGACAGACGAGCCUGUGGAUAAGGAUAGGCCUCCCAGCCUUGUGUUCAGAGCGCGCAGCAGAUGGAGGGCAGAUGAGGCCAUUGUGGCCGUCCAGUGGCUCAGUCGUUCGGUGCUUGCGGUUUUCACAAUAACCCAACGACUCCUGAUCAUCGAGGAUUAUUCAAUGCAUGUGACCGAUUCUAUCGAUCUCGCGAAUAGACACAUAUAUCACGCCGAUCUCUUCUCAUCACAGCUUCAUUCACUAGUUGAACAGCUUGACGAAGAGGAUGAGUCGAUGCAUGGUGUGGUGGCCGAUGCAUUCCACAUGAGCUUCCGUUCUUAUAAAGGGCGUUUGUUCUUACUUGGUUAUAACGAAGCCUUGGUAGGCAAUUUAUCGAAUUGGGCUGAUCGAUUGCUAGCACUUAUGGAGGCAGGUGACUUCAUUGGAGCUAUUCGACUAGCAACUUCCUACUACAAAGGAGAUUCCGAGAAGCUGACGGUCGGCCUUCCUGAAGAGGACAGUUUAAGACAUCCAAUUGUCCAAGAAAAGCUUUUGGAAAUGAUUUCUGCAUCCCUCAAGUACGCUUUUGGUCGGAACUCUGAAGCAAGCAAUGGCCGAGUUGAGGAUCGACAACUCGAAGAGCUAGCUGAAGUUUCUAUCACGGCUUGUAUUCUCAUGGCCGAUGAAGAGUUUCUUUGGGAGGAAGUCUUUAAUUGGUAUGAGGAACAAAACUCGGCGGGUAUCUUCCUAGAUUCCCUUGAACCUCGCAUCAUUGAUGGAACGCUGCGAUCGCUACCCCCGACAGCCGUCAAGGCCUUGAUCAACCACUUCAUUGGAACUCACUCGGUUGGUCGCUUGGAGGAGAUCAUUUGCCUUCUCGACACCACCACAAUGGACAUCGAUCAAGUCACAACGCUGUGCAAGCAGCACAAUCUGUAUGAUGCUUUUAUAUAUGUGUGGAAUCGCUGUUUGAUGGAUUAUGUGGGACCUCUGGACGAGCUAUUAGGUCUCAUUCCCUCCCAGUUUGAGCCCUUGGUCAAUGGUGACUAUUUGCAUGAAAUGAGACGGCAGAACAAUGCAAUGAAAAUGUUCCCGUACUUGUCAUUCACCUUGACGGGUCGCGUCUAUCCUACUGGAGACGACAUGGAUGAACUCGCAGCUUCACGGGCCAAAGCCGACUUGUACCAAUACCUUUUCUCGGGUGGCGGGUCUGAUGCAGUGCCUGGACAUAGCGAGGGAGCAGAAUCAUUCUCUCAGCUUCGCGCCAUGCUCAAGUUCGACUCUUCCAGCUUCAUGAGCAUGCUCAACGAGGCUUUCGAGGAUAGUUUCCUGAACGAGCCCGAGAGCGAGGAUGUUUCCGCAUCGGGCAUGUCAAUCAAUCGCCAGUAUCUCAUCGGCAUUUUACUUCAGGUGAUGACCGAUGCCUUCUUCACGCCUUUUGAUACUAUCUACCUGGAUAUGUUUAUCGCACGCAAUCUUCCCAAAUACCCCCAGUAUAUUCUCCUCUCUGGCACAACUCUCCAUCAGGUUCUGGUCCGUGUGUGCCAAUACCCCGAGCAGGAGAUGGCAGACGAUUGUGAACUGAGUGCGGAGUAUCUGUUGUCUUUCUAUCACCCACCGGAUAUCCAAAGCAUGAUUCCUAUGUUCAAGGAAGCACGCUUCUACCGUAUCCUCAAGUCUACUUACCGUUCAGAGAAGCAAUAUUCCCUGCUGAUCGUGACUUAUCUGGAGGAUCCGAAUGACCGUGAAACCAUCUUCGCCUGUCUGCACGACUGCCUCCGUCCAGGCUCAGGACUUGGCAAGAAACAGAGACGAGAUGUGGUAGAAGUAGUCAAGGAGCACGCUAGGGGAAUCGCUGAAAUCGAUGUGACGCAGGCUGCACAAACAAUGCAAGAUCUCGCCCCUAAAACACAUGCCACGUUUUUGCGAGUUUUGGAAGAGGAUCCUCAGAAACAGUAUCAGUACUUGCUGGUCUUAAUCGAGCCACAGGCUCACACUACGGAAGUUCGAUCUUCGCCUGCUAUCGAGAACUGGAUGAUUGAGCGCUAUGUGCAGCUUCUGUGCAGGUACAACCCUUCACAUGUCGCAACAUUUGUCGACGGACUACGAGUUGGUGACAUCCACUUGGAAGAGCUACUCCCAUCUAUCGAGGAAAGUGGUGCUAUCGAUGCUGCUGUCAUUCUCCUCGCCCGACAGGGCCAAGUCCGUGAGGCCCUUGAUCGUCUUGUCGCACACUUGAGCACUCUCGAAUCUGGCCUAGUGGGUAUUCUCCAGAGCGUACGCGAAAGCCCUGACUCGGCAAGUACUGCCGAGGCAAUUAACGAUUUGAUCGAGUCUCUCAACAAGUAUGCUGGAGUAGGCACCUGGCUGUGUCAGGGCCAAAGCAAAACGGCAAAGCAGUCGCGCACAGGCAGCGCAAACGGCAAACGAAACGUGCCAGCCCUUGACCAGCCCUUAGCAUUUGAGGAAACCCUCUGGCUCGACCACAUUGAAGCCGUCGUCCGCAUCGCAAGCAACGUCUUCGCCUUCAUGCAAGGAAACAAUACCCCAAUAACCGUCUCCUCACAACCAACAGCAUUCCUCGGCGGCGAAAGCGGCCGUCUCACGACUUCCUUCCGCACCCUCGUUCAACAAGUCUUCACAGCUCUUCUGGCAAGCACCGUCAAGAGCAGCCCCACUUCAACCGAAAGAAUCGACAUGUCCUUCCUACGCAUCCUCCGCGCAUUCCUCACUCGCGCUGCAACCUGGUCCCCUUCUCUUCUCGAGCUCCGCGCCGUGCUCGCCUCCAUCUUCUCCGCCUACUCCUACGAGAAAUCCCUACUGACCCUCGCAAACGGCAUGCUAGACCGCGACCUCUUCAUCCACGUGGAUGAAGUCACCCGCCUCCGCCAGCAAGGCUGGCGGCCCCGUGGUCAGGUUUGCGAGAUCUGCCGCAGCCGCAUUUGGGGCCCAGCCGUUGGCGACGCCCACUGGUCCGCGUGGGAAGCGAGGCGCGCUGAUGCGCACGCCCGCCUCAUCGCAAGACGCCACGAGGAUGGCUAUAAUCCCUCAGAGCGGGGGAAAGGUAAGGCCGCUGAUGUCGGAGUCGGUCAUCCAUCUCGACUAGAUGCACCGAGUGCACAUGCACUUACCCACGCGCAUGGUACUAGCGUAGGUGUGGGCAAGGAUGUGUCCGAUGAGAGUGAUGACCAUGACCCCACCGAGGCUGGAGUGGAAGCUGGACCUGGAUCUGCAGUCGCAGCAACUGCACCAGAACCUGUGGUUGUUUUCGCUUGUCGACAUCUUUACCACCGGCGCUGUGUGCUGGAUGCCGUCAGCGCGGGCGGCCGACCCGCUGAAACAGCGUUUCGGCGGAACCAUUUGGCCGACUGGUCGGGGAUUGAGCUGUUCUGUCCGAUUUGUACAUAG